UUCACCGCCACGGCGGCACAGCCUCGCUGCUCGCUAGCGGAGCCACGGAGAGGAGCCCGCGCGCCGCCACGAUUGGGACCCAGCCCGGCCACCGGGACCCCGCCAUGUCCACCAAAGCGGAGCAGUUUGCUUCCAAGAUCCGGUACUUGCAAGAAUACCAUAAUCGCGUUCUUCACAACAUUUAUCCCGUCCCUUCUGGAACUGACAUUGCUAACACUCUGAAAUAUUUUUCUCAGACAUUAUUAAGCAUUUUGUCCCGCACAGGGAAGAAGGAGAAUCAAGAUGCCUCCAAUUUGACAGUGCCCAUGACCAUGUGUCUUUUUCCUGUGCCAUUCCCACUCACCCCAUCUCUAAGACCACAGGUCAGUUCCAUCAACCCUACUGUUACUCGCUCCCUCCUUUACAGCGUCCUGCGAGAUGCUCCCACUGAACGCGGCCAGCAAAGUCGUGAUGCUCAGUUAUCAGACUACCCAUCAUUGGACUAUCAAGGACUAUACGUGACAUUGGUGACUCUGCUGGAUCUAGUUCCUUUACUACAACAUGGUCAACAUGAUCUUGGACAGUCCAUUUUUUACACAACCACAUGUUUGCUACCUUUUCUCAGCGAUGACAUCUUGAGUACUUUGCCAUAUACAAUGAUUUCCACUUUAGCCACGUUCCCACCAUUUCUCCAUAAAGAUAUUAUAGAGUACCUCAGCACAUCUUUCUUGCCCAUGGCUAUACUGGGUUCCUCAAGAAGAGAAGGGGUUCCAGCUCAUGUUAAUCUGUCUGCUUCUUCAAUGCUAAUGAUUGCAAUGCAGUACACAACCAAUCCCGUGUAUCACUGUCAGUUACUGGAAUGCCUUAUGAAGUACAAACACGAAGUGUGGAAAGAUUUGCUGUACGUAAUUGCGUAUGGCCCCUCUCAAGUAAAACCUCCUGCGGUACAAAUGCUUUUCCACUACUGGCCCAACCUAAAACCUCCAGGGGCAAUAAGUGAAUACCGAGGCCUACAAUACACAGCAUGGAAUCCUAUACACUGUCAGCACAUUGAAUGCCAUAAUGCCAUUAACAAGCCAGCAGUGAAGAUGUGCAUAGAUCCUUCCUUGUCUGUGGCUUUGGGUGAUAAACCACCCCCUCUCUACCUUUGUGAAGAAUGCAGCCAGAGGAUUGCAGGGGAUCACAGUGAAUGGUUGAUUGAUGUUCUAUUGCCUCAAGCUGAAAUUUCUGCUAUAUGUCAAAAGAAGAACUGUAGCUCACAUGUGAGGAGGGCUGUGGUUACAUGUUUCUCAGCUGGCUGCUGUGGUCGCCAUGGGAACAGACCAGUGCGCUAUUGUAAACGAUGCCACUCAAACCAUCACAGCAGUGAAGUUGGGGCAACAGCCGAGACUCAUCUCUAUCAGACGUCACCUCCCCCCAUAAACACUCGGGAGUGUGGAGCUGAGGAGCUUGUUUGCACUGUGGAAGCUGUCAUCAGCUUGCUGAAAGAGGCUGAGUUCCAUGCGGAACAAAGGGAGUAUGAACUGAACCGCAGGAGGCAACUGGGCCUCUCCUCUUCCCAUCAUUCAUUGGACAACACCGAUUUUGAUAACAAAGAUGACGACAAGCACGACCAGCGCCUCCUGAGCCAAUUUGGAAUCUGGUUCUUGGUAAGCCUCUGCACUCCUAGUGAGAACACUCCCACAGAGAGCUUGGCCCGGCUUGUCAGCAUGGUCUUUCAGUGGUUCCAUUCUACAGCGUACAUGAUGGAUGAUGAAGUUGGUAGCCUGGUGGAGAAACUUAAACCCCAGUUUGUCACCAAGUGGCUGAAGACAGUGUGUGAUGUUCGGUUUGAUGUCAUGGUGAUGUGCCUCCUUCCUAAACCAAUGGAAUUUGCAAGGGUGGGUGGAUACUGGGACAAGUCCUGUAGCAUGGUGACACAGUUAAAGGAAGGGCUGAAUCGAAUCCUGUGCUUGAUUCCAUAUAAUGUGAUAAACCAACCUGUGUGGGAUUGUAUCAUGCCAGAAUGGCUAGAAGCCAUCAGGACUGAAGUUCCAGAUAAUCAACUGAAGGAGUACAGGGAAGUCUUAAGCAAAAUGUUUGACAUCGAGUUGUGUCCACUUCCUUUUUCCAUGGAGGAGAUGUUUGGCUUUAUAAGUUGUCGGUUCACAGGGUAUCCUUCUUCUGUGCAAGAGCAAGCUUUACUCUGGCUUCAUGUGCUAUCUGAAUUAGACAUUGUGGUUCCUCUUCAGUUGCUGAUCAGUAUGUUUUCAGAUGGUGUUAAUUCUGUGAAAGAACUGGCAAAUCAGAGGACAUCUAGAGUCAGUGAACUAACUGGGAAUCUUGCAGCUCGAAGGGUGAGCAUUGCCUCUGAUCCUGGACGCAGGGUUCAGCAUAAUACUCUCAGUCCAUUCCCGAGUCCAUUUCAGAGUCCAUUCCGCAGUCCCAUGCGCAGUCCUUUUCGCAGCCCGUUCAAAAACCUUGGGGCCCCAGGGGAAGGAGGAGGAGGAGGUGGAGGAGGAGGAAGAACAAUUGACUUUGACUGCGAUGAUGAGGAGAUGAAUUUGAAUUGUUUCAUUCUGAUGUUUGACCUCAUCUUGAAACAGAUGGAAUUGCAAGAUGAUGGCAUUACCUUGGGCUUAGAAAAUAGCAUCUCUAAAGACAUCAUUUCUAUCAUAUGUAAUGUGUUCCAAGCCCCCUGGGGUGGCUCUCACACUUGCCAGAAAGAUGAAAAGGCAAUUGAAUGUCAUCUGUGCCAGUCGAGUAUCCUGUGCUAUCAGUUGGCUUGUGAACUGUUGGAGAGACUAGCGCCUAAAGCAGAAAUCCGCCUAGUGGAACCUACAGAUAACCUUGAGGACAGUCUUUUAUUCAGUAGACCUGAGUUUAUUGUAGGAACUGAAGGGGAAGAGGAGAAAAAAUCAGCACCAAACCAUGGAGAAAACCCAGGCAACCACAUAGAGACCACAGGAAAUACAGCCAUAAAAAAUGACACUGAGAGGAAAUUCUGUUAUCAGCAGCUUCCGGUGACACUAAAGCUCAUAUAUACAAUAUUGCAGGAAAUGGCCCGCUUUGAAGAGCCAGAUAUUCUUUUUAACAUGUUGAACUGCUUGAAGAUACUCUGUCUUCACGGGGAGUGUUUGUACAUCGCAAGAAAGGAUCAUCCCCUGUUCUUAGCCUACAUUCAGGAUCACAUGCUGAUUGCCAGCUUGUGGAGAGUUGUCAAGUCUGAAUUCUCCCAGCUUUCUUCAUUAGCGGUGCCUCUCCUUCUUCAUGCCUUGUCACUUCCGCACGGGGCGGAUAUAUUCUGGACUAUAAUCAAUAGCAACUUCAACAGCAAAGACUGGAAGAUCAGGUUUGAAGCAGUGGAGAAAGUAGCUGUGAUGUGUAGAUUCUUGGAUAUCCACUCGGUGACCAAAAAUCACUUGCUGAAGUACUCCCUGGCGCAUGCCUUUUGCUGUUUCCUGACUGCUGUGGAAGAUGUCAACCCUGCAGUUGCUACCAGGGCAGGACUACUGUUAGACACCAUCAAAAGACCAGCUUUGCAGGGUCUCGUGCCUUUAUUUCGACUUCCAGCCUUAUACCGUAGCCAAGGCCAUUUAUCUUCCACAAUUCUUAGUAAGCUUUUACUGCUUCAUUUUAUCAAGCAAGACAUUCCGGCUUUGAGCUGGGAAUUUUUUGUGAACCGGUUUGAGACUCUUUCACUCGAGGCACAGCUUCACCUGGAUUGCAACAAAGAAUUUCCCUUCCCAACAACAAUCACCGCUGUCAGGACAAAUGUUGCAAAUCUGAGCGACACGGCCAUGUGGAAAAUCAAAAGGGCACGUUUUGCCCGGAAUCGGCAGAAGAGUGUGCGCUCUUUGAGGGACAGCGUGAAGGGCCCUGUGGAAUCCAAGAGAGCACUUUCUCUUCCAGAAACCUUAACCACCAAGAUCCCUACAAGACUCACCAGGCACGAACAGUCUGCUCCGGCACUUGGUGGAACACCAGAAGAAGCACCAGGGCAACCUUCACCAGAGAAUGAUAAUACCAUAAAGGACCUUCUCCCAGAGGAUGCCGGCAUCGACCAUCAGACAGUCCAUCAACUCAUUACUGUGCUGAUGAAAUUUAUGGCAAAAGAUGAGAGCAGCGCAGAGUCAGAUAUCAGCAGCGCAAAAGCCUUCAACACAGUCAAGCGCCAUUUGUAUGUCUUGCUGUCCUACGAUCAACAGGAAGGCUGCUUCAUGAUCGCUCCUCAAAAAAUGCGUGUGUCGACUUGUUUUAAUGCCUUUAUUGCAGGGAUUGCUCAAGUGAUGGACUACAACAUCAAUCUUGGCAAGCACCUCCUUCCCUUGGUAGCUCAGGUACUGAAGUACUGCACAUGUCCACAGCUGAGGCACUACUUCCAGCAGCCCCCCCGCUGCUCCCUUUGGCCCCUGAAGCCUCAUAUUCGGCAGAUGUGGCUCAAGGCAUUGCUUGUCAUUCUUUACAAGUAUCCAUACAGGGACUGUGACAUCAGCAAAACUGUGCUGCAUCUCAUCCACAUAACUGUAAACACGCUUAAUGCACAGUAUCACAGCUGCAAGCCUCAUGCCACUACGGGGCCUUUGUACAGCGACAACAGCAACAUUAGCAGAUACAGUGAGAAGGAAAAAGCAGAGGAAGACAGUGUCUUUGAUGAAUCUGACAUUCACGACACACCCACCGGAACAGGCAAUAAGGAGUCUCAAACUUUCUUUGCAAGGCUGAAAAGGAUUGGAGGCAGCAAAGUGGUGAAAUACCAGCCAGUUGAGAUGAAUGCUCAGAGAAGUGAAAUAGAACUGGCCGAAUAUAGAGAAACUGGCGUAUUGCAAGACAACAUUCUGCACUGUGUGAGAGAAGAAAGCAUUCAGAAAAAGAAACUGCGGUCCCUUAAACAAAAAUCUCUUGACAUAGGAAAUGCCGACUCCCUGUUGUUUACGUUAGAUGAGCACCGCAGGAAGUCGUGCAUAGACCGCUGUGACUUAGAGAAGCCACCAAGGCAGAAUGGACGAUCUCAGGAGAAUUCUUCCACUAAGAACGACGAUGCAGAAACAGGGGAGAAUGAAACCCCCCCGGCCAUCCCAGUCAAAAUUCCGGCAAGGAGAAGACCCAUCAUUCCAGAAGUCAGGUUGAACUGCAUGGAACCGUACGAAGUGAAAGUGGAUUCUCCAGUGAAAGCUUCUCCUCCAAAAGAGGACUUAGAUCUAAUAGACCUGUCUUCUGAUUCAACAUCAGGGCCUGAAAAGCAAUCCAUUGUUUCUAAUUCAGACAGUGACUCCUUGGUCUUUGAGCCGCUGCCUCCUCUCAGGAUAGUGGAAAGCGACGAAGAAGAAGCUGAUAUCCUAAGUCAGCUGACUGAUGGAGUCUCCAGCAAGAUGGCCACUUCCACCCCUUCAAGCCCCACCAGCAUCUCUGUGCUCAGCUUCAGCAUAACCCCGGUGGUGCAGUUCAGCAUUGAGGAUUGCUCCAGAGACUUGACCCCGACCGAAGAAAGCAAGUUUGUCUCAUUCGCACAAGAGGAAACGCCCUUGGUGGCUCCUGAUGGCCAAAGGGAUGUCGAAGAGUUACCUAAGCCAGAAGAAGCCCACAAGGUGACUUGUGGUAGCCCGCUGUUGACACUUAAGCAAAAGCGAGAUUUGCUGCAGAAGUCCUCUGCUCUUCCAGAGAUGUCUAUUGAUGACAGCUUUGACUUCUUUGUGGAUGAAAUUAAGCCAGGGGGAUCUCUUUCCACUUCGAGUGGGAAAACUGUCCUCAUCAAGGUACCGGAGGACUCUGAGAACCAAAGUGAAAGCGAUGUACCCGAUACCAAUGUGGAAUCGGAUACUGAACAAAGCGUGGAGCAAAAACCAGAGGAAGCAGAAGAAUCUGAGUUUAAGAUUCAAAUCGUGCCCAGGCAGAGGAAACAGCGGAAGAUUGCAGUGAGUGCUAUCCAGAGAGAAUACCUUGACAUUUCCUUCAACAUCUUGGACAAAUUGGGGGAGCAGAAAGAUGCAGAUGCUUCAGCUAAAGUACUUUCAACUCUGGAAAUGCCAAGAGAAUCAUCUUCUGCCCCAACCCUUGAAGCGGGCGUCCCAGAGAGAAGUAGUCACUCUUCCAUAUCGACUCAGUUCCGACAAAUGAAAAGGGGCUCUUUGGGAGCUUUGACGAUGAACCAGUUAAUGAAGAGGCAACUGGAACACCAGUGUAGCGCUCCCCAUAAUAUCAGCACUUGGGAUACUGGGGCAACAAAAUCCAGCUUGCUUUCAGCACCAAGUAUAGUCAGCAUGUUUGUACCAGCACCGGAAGAUUUUGCUGAUGACCAGCCUACAAUGAUGACAGACAAGUGCCAUGAUUGUGGAGCCAUCCUGGAAGAGUAUGAUGAAGAAACUUUAGGCCUGGCCAUAGUAGUUCUCUCUACAUUUAUUCACCUGAGCCCAGAUCUGGCUGCUCCAUUGUUGCUAGAUAUCAUGCAGUCAGUAGGGAGGUUGGCCUCAAGCACCAAUUUUUCUAAUCAAGCAGAAAGCAUGAUGAUCCCAGGGAAUGCUGCGGGUGUGGCCAAGCAGUUUCUCCGCUGCAUUUUCCACCAACUGGCUCCCAAUGGGAUACUUCCCCAGCUGUUUCAGAGCAACAUCAAAGAUGGAACUUUUUUACGGACCCUGGCCACGUCUCUAAUGGAUUUCAGUGAGCUGAGCUCCAUAGCUGCACUGAGCCAGCUAUUAGAAGGUUUAAACACCAAAAAGAAUUUACCAGCAGGGGGUGCAAUGCUACGCUGCUUAGAAAACAUUGCUACCUUUAUGGAAGCUUUACCCAUGGAUACCCCUAGCAACCUCUGGACCACAAUCAGCAACCAGUUCCAGACUUUCUUUACAAAGCUGCCUUCUGUUUUACCACUUAAGUGUUCUUUAGAUUCCAGUUUAAGGAUAAUGAUCUGCUUGCUGAAGAUUCCCACCAGCAGUGCUGCCAGGGUCAGUGCCCCCAAAUAUUUUUUAAAACCUCUUCUAGUUUUUUUUUUCUUGUCCAUCUUCAGAGAGGACAUUAGCUAA